CCCAGCAGUGCCACCUGUCAGUGUCCAUUAGUGCCAGCUAUCAGUGCUCAUCAAUGCCACCUGCCAGUGCCCAUCAGUGCCACCCAUCAGUGCCAGUCAGUGCCACCUAUCAAUGCCAGUCAGUGCCACCUAUCAAUGCUGCCAAUCAGUGCCAUCUAUCAGUGCCGCCUAUCAGUUCCAGUCAGUGGCGCCUAUCAGUGUGCAUCAGUGCCGCCUAUCAGUGCCCGUCAGUGUUGUGUAUCAGUGCCACUUAACAGUG